AUGAUGGCUGCCGCCGGUAGAGAAUCCCACCGGUCAACCUCAGCAGAGAGAACACUCCUGUCGCCCCCGGGACGAGAGUCCGAGGAAGGUGCGGAGAGAUCAAGAGCAGCAGACGACGAGUCUAUCUUCGGUGGCGACCCCGCCGGCUUUGGCGCUGGGUGCGAAGCUGGUGUUGGCAACGUUGAGGCUCUAUACUCUGACCAACAGACGGCCCCACGGGCCAAGAAACCCGCCAAGCGAGGACGCCGCAAGAACAAGUCGUCGCCCGGAGGACCUUCGGAGGUGGCCGCCGCCAUUGACACUACUGGGGGCGAUGUGCCUGCCGCUACAUCGGCCGCAGCAAGCGAGGGAGAACAGGGCGGAGAGGUUUUGGAUGCCCCCCCCGCCGGAUUUCCAGCUCCUGUGGCAAGGGAAGAUGGUGGACUGGAUGGAGAUGGAAUGGAGUCGGCCCGGACGACAUCCGCCGACAAACCUGCGACGAGAGAAAGGUCGCAGCAAAUGUAUGAGAAACACCGGCAGACGCAGGAAAAGCUGAGGGCCAAGAGGGACGAGACCGCUACCUCUGGCUGCACCUUCGCACCACAGCUGUCGUCCAAGCAGAAAGGCAGAAAGUCCGAGGAAGCCGUUACAUCAGACCACCUCUACAAGGACUUCAACAAGCAGCUGGAGAAGAGGGAGCGAUUGGCCCAAGAGGAAAGCAAGAAGUUGUCCUUCCGCCCGGUGCUGCCCACUGCCAGCAGCCGCCUGGCAGCCAAGAUGUCGGCGACUACCCCGGUGGAAGGGCACAAGCGGGCGGAAGACAAGUCCAAGGCCACCGCCGAGGCCAUGUACAAGGAGUGCACCUUCUCCCCCGACACGGUGGUCACCAAGGCCCUGACGAAGAAGAUUCUGGCUGCCAAGGGGAAGCAGGCCCCGGUAGCGGACCGGCUGUACGCAACUCCGGAGACACAGGCGGCGCUGGCGAAGAGUCGCGAGGAGGCCAGGGCCGCCAAGGAGCUAGCGGCCUGCACUUUCCGUCCGGACACCUCAGGCUCCUCCAAGCGGUCUUCAGCGGGAAGCGGGCGAAGGGACUCCGCGGGGAACACGAACACGCACGACAGGCUCUUCGGGCUCCACGGGGAGAUGCUCAUGACCAAGCAGGCCAAGCGGGAGGAACUGGCGACCAAGGAGAGGAUGACGUGCACCUUCUCCCCCGCCCUCGUAGCCAAACACGUACCCAAAGGCGGGAAGAAGCUACUCUGCGUCGACACCGAGAAUGAGCCCGUGUACGAGCGGCUCUACAGCGCGAGGGGCCGGGCUCAGGCCCGCGAGGCCUUCGUGGACCCGGAGUGCACGUUUCAGCCACACUUCAAGAGCAAGUCCGUGUCGUCGUCGCCCCGGCGCCGUGACAACCCGGAGGAAUCUUGGGCGGACGCGAUGUACAAGCUUGGGAAGGAGAGGCAGACGGCUAGGUCGCAGUCUCCGAGGAACUACACCGCGACAUUUCGAGACCAGGAUGAGGCUAAGGAGAUGCAGCUGUGCACCUUUCAGCCUGACGUCUCGUCCACACAGAACAGUCGCUUCAAGGCGGGGUCCCGGGGCGGUGCGUUAUUCGACACUCUCUACGCCAAGCACGUCGACAAGACCAACGCCAGGGAACGAGUUCGCGAGGAGGACAUGAAGGCGUGCACCUUCUCCCCUCAGCUGGCCUCUCACAAGACGCGCAUGGGGCGGAGCCUUAGCCCGCAGAGGCAGGGGCCGGUGUACGAGGAGCUCUACAAGGAGGCCAGCGCGCAGCGGUUCUCGAGGACUCUGAGCGCGGAGCACCUCCAGUCGCAGCAGUGCCCCUUCAAGCCCCAGCUGGCUACGCGCCGUCGCUCCCCGCAGGCUACUUCGUCCACCAAGGCGCCCCCCGCCGCCACCGCCGGCGGAGGACAAGGCGAGGCCGGCGCCCAGUCCCCCCUGGACACUUCAUCGGACGAUGCCGCAGCAGCAGUGGCCGAGGGCACGAGCGACGUCGACGUGGCUCUUCCCUCGGUGCCGGGGUCGCUGCCGUCGGUGCAGCAGUCCAUGGGGCCCCCGGCGCAGGGAAGCGAGACGCACGCGACGGGGGGGGAUGGGGCGACGGCGUCCCCUCCCCUGCCCCCCCCGGUCGGGGACGAGGAGGAAGACGAGCAGGAGGGGGGGGGAGAGGGAGAGGGGCAGGAGGUGUACGACUACUGA